CUUCGUCAGUCGCGCCAAAGGAAAGGAGUGAUUGUCAUUUGUUUGGCAACAGCAAAAUGGCGGUUAAUAACAAUAGUGAAUCUUAUUAUGAUGCCCAAGAAAAGGUUAAAAAAUUGUAUGAAAAAUAUCUUUUUUUAAACGAAAAGUUGCUCAAUUGUGGUGUAAGUAUUGAAGAUUUGCAGAAAGUAUGUUGGAGGCGAAAACCUCAGAAAUCUCAGAAACAUACUUAUUUAACGCCCUGUUGCUUGCUGAUAGCAUCGCUUGUUGCCGCUGUUUGUUUAAGUAUUUUAAUAAAAAUACCUAUAAUUGAAUCUAUUAUGAAAAGGACUCUCGGAAGCCGAUGCUUAGUGCCGAAUAAUUAUUUCGUAUGGGAAGCAACACGACCAGUUACAGACUGUAACACCUGUAGGAACGUGUCUGAAGUGUUGAUAUUCGAAAAUAUUACAAGAAAUCAGUUUCAGGAAUAUGCAUAUUCACCGAGGCCAAUGUUAAUGAAGGGUGCCGCGAACCAUUGGCCAGCCAUGCAUUCUUUUAAUUAUAGUUUUUUAAAGGAAAUUUAUGAAAAAAUUGACGGUGCAUAUGAGAGCGUAGAAGAUGAAUGUCAAAUUUUAACCUUUAAAACUGAAUUUAAAUCGUUGGAAGACGUUUUUUCAAUGUCAGAAUCAAGAGUCCAGAUGAAGGAAGGUGAAAAGCCAUGGUAUGUUGGUUGGAGUAAUUGUCAUCCAGAUGUAUUGUCUGAAAUGCGCCAACAUUAUGAGAUGCCACAUUUUCUUCCUCAAGAUGCAGAACAUGCUAGGAUGGAUUACAUUUUUAUUGGGUAUGAUCAAGGUGCAGUGAUGCAUAUUGACUACAUUAGCCGUUUGAUGUGGCAAGCUCAGAUACGUGGACAUAAAACCUGGCGGUUGGUUCCACCUCCAGAUUGUGAAGAUGUGUGUUCUCCACUGACGUUCCGAGUGGAUCCUGGGGACAUAGUGCUUCUGGACACAAGGCAAUGGUAUCAUGAUACACACAUCGAUGCUGGGGAGCUGAGUUUGACUGUUAGUUCAGAAUAUGGCUAGAUGCUAUGUAUAUGUUACAUAGGCCAUAUCUGUGCCUGUUUUGAACGCAUUUAUAGGUUCAUAUUGAAAUAUUUCUUGUGAUGUUUUAUAAUUUUUAUAUUACAUUAUAAAUUUAUAUGCAUAUUUUGUGCAUAUAUAGCUAUUCAUUACAUUUAAAAGCAACUUAGAAGUGUCAUUUAUGUAAAUAAAUAUAUACUAUGUAUGUAUGUGUAUAUACGUAUAUUUGUGUGUGUUUAAGUACUGUAUGUACAAUUGAUCCAUCUUCAUUUUUUUGUGUCUAUCUAAUCUUUGAAGUUACCAUUUUUUUUCUCAUUUUCAAUUGUUUUGAAUUUAUUCCCUAGUCACUUCAAAAAUAUGCUUUAUACACUUUAUUGUAUAAUAUUAUGCUCAAAUAAAUUAUUUUAAUUGUAUUUGAAAGAUUCCAUCAAAUGCAAUUUUAAAAAAUUUUAAAAUGCCAUGUGUUGUUAAGUUAUAUAUUUAUUAAAUUUUCAAGUUGUAAAAGUUUCUUUUGAAAACUAAUAAUGGUUUACUAGUCAUUACAUAUUCCAUUUCUUGUGUGUGCAGAUAUUGUUCAAACAGUACCUUAUGUAUAUUUAAUUUUAAUGUAGAAAAAGUAGAUUAUAUUUUCCGUGUCAUCAGUUUCUUGUUACAGAAUCACUUGAUUCAGUGUUGUGUUUCUUCUUAUUCAACUGUAAUUUUACAUAUUUUUCUUUUACUUCAUUAGUGAAUUUUUUUAAGUAGUUGUACUUUUGGUUUCAUAUCCUGAAUUUUAUAAGUUUUUAUGAAAUCAUUUUCCUUCCUUAUUUCAUAAGAUAUUUUAUUUCAUUAUUGUUAACAUUGUAUAUUAUUUGUUGUCACUAUAAAUCUGUCUCUUCUCAUGUGAAAAUUAUUUAUAUUUUUCUUUUUAAUCACUAGUGCUUCCAUGCGUACAUUAAUUGUCAUAAUUCAGAAUGUCCUUCACUUGUUAUUGAAAAUAACAUGUAAGUGGCAUUGCGCCAAAGAACAUUUAUAUAGAUCUGAUAACAAUGACUUUAGAUAAUUUUUAAGUAAAUUGUAUUUUUUAACCGUCAUUGUUUAAAAUGUUUGUCUUACAAUAAAAAUUAUUAAUGGAUAUA